AUGCUCUCCUCGCUUUCGGCCACGGUCCUCCGGCGAGCGGGCCCCAUGGUGGCGGCCCGUCCGGCGGGUGCCCCGAUGCGGCACGGCGCCGAUGCCUGUCGGUCUAUGGCGGCAGCGGCCCGCGAUGACGGCGGCGGCGGCGGCGGCGGCGGCGGCGGCGCAAGCAACGCGGCCGAUGACGACGAGCACAUCGGGUCUCCCGAGUGGCUGGCCGAUCUGGAGCGCAAGCUGGUGGAGGAUGCCAACAACACGCUGAGGCAUGUGCGCCAGGUGUCCCAGAGCGUGGGCGACAGCAAUUUCCCCUCGCGCCCGGUGGCCGACUCGGUGGAGCCGACUCCCCGGCGGCGGAAGACUCGCCGCGAGGAGGCCGGCCGGCCGGCCGAGGAAGCCUCCCCGGCGGCCGGCCCUCCCCCCCGGAAGCGGGAUCUCCCCACGAAGAUGGCCGACAAGCAGCGCCGGCGCCGGGAGCGGGAGCUGGCGGCGGCCGAGGCCCGGCGCCGGGAUCCGCUUUACCACCCGUCGGCGGCCGAGGGGUCGACCCCGCGGCGGCGGGCCUCCUUCCUGGACAGCAGCAGCGCCAGUUUGCUCGGAUCGUCGGCCCUGUCGGCCGUCCGGCCGGAGGGCUGGCUGCCGAAGCGCGGUGGGGAUCCGCCGCCGCGUCGGGAUGCGGCCCCGGGCUCCCGGUCGGAGGCUGGUGGCAGGCGUGCUGGCGGGGCUGGCACCGGCAGGGCUGCGACUGGCGCCGCCACUGCUGCUGGCGCGGUUGCCGGCGUGGCCGGGGCGGUGGCCGCGGCCCCGGGGGCGGCCUCGGCCCCGGUGCUGACCCAGGUGUCCCUGCCUCCGGGCUUCCCGCCGGCCGAUAGCCUGCCCCCGCUGCCGGUGUUGGAGGACCUGUCGGAUGCGGGGGCCGUGGCGCGGGAGCUGCGCGGCUUCUUCGAGCGCGUGACAUCGGUGUCGCCGAAUUUGCCGCUGCUGCUCCGGCAGCAGGCCGCGGCGCUGGCCGACCCGGUGGACUACUAUCGGUUUUUGGCCCACGCGCUGACCGGGCGGCGGCCGGAUGUCCCGGCGCCGGUGGCCUCGACCUUUGCCUCGUCGAUCAUCUCCAUCGCCGAGGCCCGCUCGCAGCUGGACGAGCAGCGCCAGUACUCGCGGCAUCUGAAGGAUGAGGAUGGCAUCUUCGGGCUGGGGCCGGGUGGGCAGGCGCCCGAGCCGGCCGCCCGGUCCAAGGCCGCCGCGCCGGGGGCCGCCACGGCGGCCGGGCCCUCGACCGGCCCCUUCCAGGCGCCGCUCCUGUCCGACAGCACGCUCAAGACCCGCGACGUGAGCCUCCUCCGGCCACGGGUGCCGGUGCACUGGCGCCUGACCGACCAGACCUUUGCCUUCCUGAACCUCCCGCCGCACUUCGAUCGGAAUGUCCGUCGGGUGGCCGAGGAGCUUGAGCUUUCCUUCAAGGAGCCGAAUCUCCUGCGGCAGGUGUUCAUCCCGCAUGACCGGGUUGCGCAUUUGACCAGCACCGAGGCCGGCACGGCUGCCCUCACCCAGUCGAGCAUCUCCAACCUCCGACACGUGGAGAUGGGCCAGACCAUCCUCAGCUCGGCGCUUCUCUAUGCUGUGAUGUCUCACAACCCUACCAUCCCGCUGGAGGACCUGCGGCAGCAGCUGACCGCGCUGGAAUCGAGCCGGAUCCCGACGCGGGUCGGGCGCCUCCUGCGCCUGGACCGGGCCCUGGUCUUCAAGCAUGAUGCCUUCCUCUUCGACAUGCCGGCGGCCGUGCUGCAGGAGGGGAUCCAGGCGCAGCGCGCCGAGGCCGGGCCCUGGUCCGCCGACCGGACCAUCAUCUCGGACGCGGUGAAGGCCCUGAUUGGGGCGGUUUUCUUUGACCAGGGCCUGCCGACUGCCAUGGCCUUUGCCGAGCGGUCGAUCGUGCCGCAGAUGCUGCGCAUCUUCGAGGCCCGGCGCCAGGACUACCUGGACAUGGAGGCCCAGCUGGAUCGCCAGCGGUCGGACAUCAUCCAGAUGCACAAUCGCGCGGGCGUGCUCUUCCAGCUGUCGGCCAAGGUGGGGGCCCUGCCGGCCGGGCGGCCGGCCGCCGAGCAGGCGGCCACCCCGGCGGCCCAUGUGGCAGCCGAGCCGGAGGCCGCAGCGGCCUCCGCGGGGGCGACGGCCUCGCCGGAGCCGGCCGAUGCGGCCCCGGCCACGGGCAUGUCCUCGGCCAUGGCCGCCCGGCUGUUGGCUCGUCACCGCCGUGCCCUUUCCCGGUCGUAUGCCGCCGGUGGGCCGGCGGCCACUCCGGCGGCCACUCCGGCGGCCGCCGCGCCGGCCCCCGAGCGGCAGGAAUAGACUUGGGUCCCUGGGAGCGC